AAAAAUUAAAAUGGCUGACCCACAUUUGAUUGUAUCUGAUUCUAAAAGUCUCUAUAAGAAAAUGAUCGUGAUGAGUACUGUCAAUGGUAGGGACAAAACCCUUAGACUUGCACAGUACUUAUUCAUGUUCCUGAGAGGUAAAAAUACUAAAGAUACAGCAAAAAGUUUGAUCGCAAGGAUGUAUUAUACAUGAUGGCUCACCAGGAAAGUCCUUUUAAUGGGAUUCCCCUUUUAUAUUGCACAGAAGAUCAUCAAUAGAAUAAAGGCUUUUAUGGAUGAGCAACGACAAGCUGAUGAAGACUCAAAUGUGAAAGAUCCAAAUAUUGACGAAGAUGACGUCAACAUUAGACAGUUGUACCAAGAAGUCAAGGAUACCCAACCUUCCUCUACAGAGGAAUAUCUUAAGAUUCUUGAAAAGUCUACAAUUUUCGGUCUUGCUGGGCAAGAAACUCGAAUGGUUUUAACAAAAAUAAUCAAAGAUAUCUGCUAUCUGUUCAUACUACUAUUAGAUAUCCCUAUCUACUUGAAAGCAAUCAGAGUGAUCAAGAUGAUUAUGCCAGAGACUAUUGAAAAAUUGAAGAAAGCUCAGUUCUUUUUCUGGUUGAUAAAAUGAUUUGCCACAAUAAUUUAUCAAAUUGUUGAACUAAAGUACCUCAAGCAAUUCUUUGAAAAGAAUAAAUAGCGUAUACACUGAGUUAAUGUCUAACAAGGUGAAAUUAUCUACCAAUAUAAAUGCUUCGUAUGAACCGAUUAGUGGGUACCAGAUCAAUAACGAGCUCACUGCAAUGAUUAAGAAGAAAAUGCAUUUAUUAAAGAAAAAUUAUUAUAUCAGAUGAUACUCUCUUACUCACAGACUCUUUGACAUCCCCUAUGUUAUGUACUGACUUGGAUAUCCACUCUUAACAGAAAGCUGGUGGGAGAAGGGUAGAUCAAGAUUCUUUGCAGGAGCCUGUAUUCUCACCAGCUCAGUCCUUGCAAACAUGAAAUUCUUCUACCUCUAAAACGCUCAAUCACUAACGCUCUCAAGCCU